AAGGUGCUGGAAGUGACAGAGCGAAAGAAAAGACUCAAGCGCUGGAGCGGAAAAACCGUAGCAAGCUACAGUAACUGGCCAUUCAUUCGGAAUCCUGUAGCAUCUGUUAUCAUAUCAGCAUAAAACAAAACCUGAGCCCCGAAGUCAACUCGGAGCACUCUACUAUCCGAAAGAAUGCAGCUUGGCCAGUCAACCCGGUGGGAGUGACUGAUAAAGAUGGGCCAAAGAAGUAGAGCCCACUGGUGAGGAGUGGUGAAGAGGCCAAACAGAACUAUAGCGGCUAAACUACCCCGAGCGCCACCAUGCCCCGCCUCCCCUUCUGAACUCUCCUGCCACUCCGACUCAGUCCCUUCCAUCCCCUGUCCCACACGCACAGACACAGUCACUCUUGCCAGUCGAGCUGCGGGCCGCGCUCGCCAUGGCCUCGGCCUACCUGUGGAAGCUGUCGUCCCAGAAGCUGGGCUUCUUCCUGGUGAGCUUUGGCUUCAUCUGGGGCAUGAUGCUGCUCCACUUCACCAUCCAGCAGCGGGCCACGCACGAGAGCAGCACCAUGCUGCGACAGCAGAUCCUGGAGCUCAGCAAGCGCUACAUCAAGGCCCUGGCCGAGGAGAACCAGAGUGUCAUGGACGGGCCCUACGUGGGAACCAUGACGGCCUAUGAUCUGAAGAAGACCCUGGCGGUGCUCCUGGACAACAUCAUGGUACGGCUGGGCAAGCUGGAGUCCAAGGUGGAGAACAUCUACAACAGCACGGGGGCUAACCUGACCAACGGCACCAGCACGGCCACCCCCAGCGCCUCCAAUGCUGAGAAGGUCAACGUGGCAGAUCUGCUGAACGGCGCUCAGGAGAAAUGUGAGCUUCCCCCCAUGGACGGCUUCCCUCACUGUGAGGGCAAAGUCAAGUGGAUGAAGGACAUGUGGCGGUCAGACUCAUGCUACACUAACUACGGCGUGGACGGCUCCACCUGCUCCUUCUUCAUAUAUCUCAGCGAGGUGGAGAACUGGUGCCCGCACCUGCCCUGGAGGACCAAGACAUUGGACGAGGAGGCCGACCGGAGGGGCCAGACGGAGAUCCGGACGAGCUUCGAGGAGCUAUACCGGGUCACGUCUCGGCGAGAGGAGUUCCGCUGGAUGAUGCUCCGGAUCAAGCGCAUGGAAGACCCCUGGAUCAAUGCCAUCCGCGCCCUGGCUGCCAAGCAAAACCUGGCCAAGCGCAAGAGGAAGAAGAUCCUGGUGCACCUGGGCCUGUUGACCAAGGAGUCGGGCUUCAAGAUCGCAGAGAACGCCUUCAGUGGGGGGCCCCUGGGGGAGCUGGUGCAAUGGAGCGACCUCAUCACCACCCUCUACCUGCUGGGCCACGACGUACGCAUCUCCGCCUCCUUGGCCGAGCUCAAAGAGAUCAUGAGGAGAGUGAUGGGGAACAAGUCCAGCUGCCCCACCCAGGGGGACAAGGUGGUGGAGCUCAUCUACAUUGACAUUGUGGGCCUGACCCAGUUCAAGAAGACACUGGGGCCCUCCUGGGUCCACUACCAGUGUAUGCUGCGGGUUUUGGAUUCCUUCGGCACAGAGCCCGAGUUCAACCACGCCCACUAUGCUCAGUCCAAGGGCCACAAGACCCCCUGGGGCAAGUGGAACCUCAACCCCCAGCAGUUCAACACCAUGUUCCCCCACACGCCAGACAACAGCUUCCUGGGCUUUGUGGUGGAGCAGCACCUGAACGCCAGCGACAUCCGCCACAUUGACGAAGUCAAGCGGCAGAACCAGUCGCUGGUCUACGGCAAGGUGGACAACUUCUGGAAGGACAAGAAGACCUACCUAGACAUCAUCCACACCUACACGGAGGUGCACGCCACCGUGCACGGUACCAGCACUGUGCACUUGCCCAGCUACGUGAGAAACUACGGCAUCCUGAGCGGCCGGGACCUGCAGUUCCUCCUCAGGGAGACCAAGCUUUUUGUUGGCCUGUCCUUCCCCUACGAAGGUCCCGCCCCCCUAGAGGCCAUAGCCAAUGGCUGUGCCUUCCUCAACCCCAAGUUCACCCCGCCCAAGAGCAGCAAGAACACGGACUUCUUCAAGGGCAAGCCCACCCUGAGAGAGUUGACCUCCCAGCACCCGUAUGCUGAGGUGUAUAUUGGCCAGCCCCACGUGUGGACGGUGAACAUCGACAACCCUGCGGAGGUGGACAGAGCCAUCCGCUCGAUCCUCAGUCAGAAGAUCGAGCCCUACCUGCCCUAUGAGUUCACCUGUGAGGGGAUGCUUCAAAGAGUCAACGCCUUCAUUGAGAAUCAGGAUUUCUGCCAUGGCCAGGUGAUGUGGCCUCCCCUCAGUGCUCUGCAGGUGAGGCUGGCUGAGCCGGGGAGCUCCUGUAAGCAGGUGUGUCAGGCGGAGCAGCUCAUCUGCGAGCCCUCCUUCUUCCAGCACCUCAACAAGGACAAGGACCUGGCCCGGUUCGGCAUGGACUGCCAGACGGUGGAGUCGUCGGGCGACACGGUGGUGCCUGCGUACAGCGACGCACGUCACCACUGUGUCUUCCAGUCGGACCUACUGCUGUUCAGCUGCGCCGGCGCCCACCCCUCCCUCAAACGCGUCUGCCCCUGCCGGGACUACAUGAAGGGCCAGGUGGCGCUGUGCAAAGGCUGCCUAUAGCACCUGUCUGUCUGGGUGUGUGGAGAGGAUCGAACUGGAGUGGAUUGGACCCCGUACCCUUCCAGAGCGCUGCAGGGAAUGGGGGGGGGGGAUCUCUAGCUCUAACCACUUAGAUGGCUUGACUCCUCCCCCUGGCUCCACACCUGCAGUCCUGCAGCCUAACUCCUCCCACAGCCAGGCCUCUGGAGGGAGGAAGAGCAGCCUGGGAACCAGACAACCAGGAGACAUCUAUAUUAUUUAUGUCUGUUUUUAAUCGCCUGAACUUUGACCUUUUAAGGCAUGUUGAUCAGCUCGUCAGACAGACACAGCAUCGGCAGCAAACUGUGGAAAUUCAAAUGGUGGACAGAAAGAGGCCAGUGAGCUAUAUACAUACUCUGGGAACUAGGAAUGUCAAUGGAAAUGUUUUCAGUAAGGCACCGGGCAGGAGGAAAGGAGGGUACAGAAAAAAGAGACAUUGCGCAUCGGCCUGAAUUACUUGAAUCAAUGGGAGUCGGUGUAUAUUUGAGGCAGAGCGCAUGGCAACAGAGCUCACUACUGCCCCUAGGAUGUGUGGCAGUGGGUGGUACUGCAGUCGGUGGCCCAGUGACUCCACCCACUGUAUCUCUCCAAGCUUGUAGUCGCAUCGUGGGACCAACGAGCUGGUGUGUCGCCACACUCGGCAUGCUUUCCUCUCUGCCCCCCUGUCCCCUUUUUAUCUUUGAACUCUUUUAGCUAUGUCGGUUUGCACUGGAGACCCAUAAGAGGCCGUCCCCAGGCAGUAAAGCUCUGUUUGAAUGUCCACACUAGCGUACUACUUAGGAUGAAGCAAUGCACAGGGCAUGUAUUCUGAAUGGUAUGCUCCAAUGGAAAGUUUCCAAUAGACCCUGAUCUAUGGUCAGUUUUGCAUUUCCCUUAUUUAUGGUUACGAUUGGGGGAGUGGAAGCUGAUCCUAGAUCUGUACCUAGGGGAAACUUGACCAAAAGGAACACUAGUGUGAAGAAGAAGACGACGCAGAGCCAGUUUUACACUGUAACUGUACCGCUCCCCAUCGUCGCGUCUGGACAGGGGAGCGGGUCAGAUGUAGAUAUAAUGUUGAUUUUUAAAUGUUCUAAAUCGCAAAUCAUUUUGAAUCCUGAGGCAUUGUCCCUCGUGGUCAUUCCCAACUACACCUCACACACACACACCGUCCAGCAUGGCUCCUCUGUAGCCCUGCAUGGUAGAUUGCCCCUCCUCAUGUUCCCAAUGUACAGACUAGAGGCUGAGUUUUCAAAAACCCACACACACACACACACACACACACACACACACACACACACACACACACACACACACACACACACACACACACACACACACACACACACACACACACACACACACACACACACACACACACACACACAGACACACCUGACUGACCGGUUGGAAUGUGCUGGGGAUAAGAGGUGUGUGCAAAAUAAUUGCCAGUAGCUAAUGAAAAUAAUAAUUAGUCAUUGAUCAAUUUUAAUCAAAUGUAUAAAAAAAAUCUAAAAAAUAAAAAAGGAUUAUCAGGUCAGAUCAGUCACAUGUGACAGUGAUGACAUAGUGUGGUACUGUUCUGUAGACAGUAGAACAUCAUCACAGCUAUAGUGGGAAAGGGCCCCCUGGCAGUCCGCUCAAUCACCAGUAUCACAUAGGACCGUUGCCUUGACCACAAUAGAUUUAUCGGGAACGUAUUCUAAAUUCUAAAGAGAUAUAUUGAUCAUGAGUACUUGUAUUAUAGAUAUUUAAAACCUUUAUGUAUACAGUCGACCCGAAAGAUACACACACAAACAUCAUUUCUAUGGAUGCACUGUAAGUUAUAGCUCUUGACAGAGCAACACACACACACCUGCAACUUUACCUGUUUCCUUCAUUUGGAGAUCGUUUAGGAUCCUAAUUUGCCUGCCAAUUCUUUUUUUUUUUUUUUACGUGUCAAUAAAAGCUUGAAUUAGUAGUCCUUGUUGUGAAUGGAAAUAAUGCACUACUUUAACCUAAUUUACUGAAGUUUAACAACAUAUAUGACUAAUACUGUAUAUUCUUCAUAUGGGUUUUAAAUUAUUUUUUAAAUGUGUUUUAUAUACAGAUCUUUCUCUGUGUUUGCUGAAUUGUUUAUUUUUAUUUAUAGAAAAAGGAGAUUUCUUUUUACAGAGGGUCAUUUUAUUUAUGGAAGAAAUGAUAUAAAGUGAACACGUGUACAUUCAAGUGGAUGGAUUAGACGGGAGUUGUUUGUCCCAUCUGACUCCAACCUCCAGCAACAGUGAUGAGAGAGAAUGAGGAAUGGCAAAGAUAAUAUCCUAAAUGCUUUGGCAACAUGGCUGCAAAAGGAAUUAGGGUGUUAUUUCAGACACGCCUUGAGACCGUCCACUUAGACACUGACGAAACGUGUUGGACUGGACAGUAGUAACAUAGACGUCUCGCUCCUCUCAUCACUGUGUUUUCGGGGUGAUGACGAUGACAUCGGGACAAAAAGCAGCGCGCACACAUUUUUUUUUUUUUUUUUUUUGUAAAUGCCAGCAAAGAACCUCGUGUUGUUAUUUUAUUUUCAGAUCUUAAUGCAAACCAUUUGCACAUUUUGUAAAUAUAGAUACGUUGUCUUUUAGAUGGUCAACUUACGUUUUAUGACGAGCCCCCCCCCCCCCUCCUCUCCGUACCGUCCAGAUCAGUUUUGAUUACGUUUGUGUAUACGAUCUGCAGCCAAGCUACCGUUUUAAAAAGUACAUGACGUGCCUUUUGAUGGUUAUUACUAGACCGCUUAUUGUACCUGCCCUAUUGAUCAACCGGUCCUAGUGCCAGAGAGAAUUGUUAGUUGAGAUCUCAUACUUUGCUAGAAGGAUAAUGCUUCUUAUAACAUUUACUGUCAAGGUAGAGCAGUAAUUGUAUGUGUUGGACUUAGUGGUGAUGGUUAAAACACAUGUCUCUUAAUGCUGUUGUGGACCUGUUUAGCGAAGGCUUUUAGUGGGGUAAAAUGCAGCAUAUGAAAGAUUCUGCUUCUUUGUGGCAGUGGCCUUGUUCUGCUCGUAUUAGAGUCCGGCUUAUUUUGAGUAUGUUGUCAACUGUUUCCUUCCUUUCAUUGGUUGUCAUGUAUACACCGAGGGAUCUUGACAACCAACAUUACAUAGCCUCUGUAAAUUGUCUUCUUUUAAAUUGGUUUGUCCCAAAACGGUUAAUAGAACUCUGAAUACGAUAGCUGAAAGGAAGAUGUGUUAUGGGCAUGAGAAAAUGUCCUUGUGUCUCUUUUAACCCAACAUCGAAUGUCUCCGUUGUCAACAUCUGCAUUUUGCAUUCAUGUGUGUAUCCAUUAUGACUUUUCUUUUUCAAUCUCAACCUUGUUUUAAGCCAAUCAUGGAAAAGCUAAAGCAGCGAUUGUUAUGGGACUAAAUUAUGACUGUACAAAAAAAUGAUACAUUUUUUUUUCACAGUUGCAGACCAUUUAAGGGGGAUAUAACUUUAUUUUUCAAUAAACCUUUUUCUGUGACAAA